CCUCCACGUGCCCGUUAGUUUAACCUGGUGAUCAACUAACACUUCUAACAUUUCAUCUCAGCCUCGUAAUUACCAAUACCCUUUUCACGCCUCUUUGACGCUCUUAUAUGGUCAUUGCGUGAACCCGAUUGUGACAACUCUCUGCCCAACGUUGAAGAUAUUGCGAUCCUAGAACCAAUACACCAUCGUCAACAACUCGAACUUGAGUUUCUCGCCUUGAAACUGCGCACCUCGUUCGAAGCUGUUUAUUAUUGAGUCUUUUUUAAUUUAGGCUUGAGAAGCCGGUUUUAUUUCCUUAUUUUUAACCAGAAUUCCCUAGUUAGCUUUUGGAUCUUUAACGUCCGUCUCUUCCUGACUCAUAUACCUAUUCCAAUCUGACGCCACCCCCUCCCCCUCCAUUAUCCCCUCUUCUUAUAGUCAGGUGAUAUGGAGGGAAACAACUACAUCGUGGUCGCGGAUCUCGGCCUCAAGCCAAUCCACCUGGCUUGUCUCCAGGGCGACUUUGAAGGGGUCAUCAAGUUGGUUUCACAAUCUGAAGAUAUCAUUGAAACGAUCACGGAGCCGAAAAUUGGUACGGAAUGGGGACUUCGUGAAACACCUAUCAAGCUCGCUGCCCUCAUGGGACAUCUCGACAUAAUCGAGUUCUUUAUCCAGAAAGGCGUCAACUUAGUGUCCGACGGUCUAUAUGCCUCGUCAUAUACUAAAGAUGAAGGUUUCGCAGUGCGUAGACGAAAAUUCUUUCUUGAGACGGCUAGAAUAGGACGUGAGCAUCUCGAUGCUCAUAAUACACGCAAGGUCAUCUACGAUCUUCUGACUUCCCAAGGCCGCCGAAGCGUUCUUAAAUCAAUGAGAGGCCUGAGGGCUGACAUAGGUUUCCCUGAUUAUAAAUUGGCAAAGCAAGGAAGCCAGAUUGUUGUAUAUGCUCCGGUCUAUCGAGUAAAAACCGACAUCCCUCUGGACAGAAGCAAGACUAUUGGUCUUAUCACAGCUAAGGGUAACAGCGAAGUCCUGAUGACCGCUCAUAGUGGUUAUAAGCCUGGAGGCGACCGUGAUGAGAAAUGCCUCGACACGAAUAAGUGGAAUUAUAUUGCCCUUCAUCACAUUGCUGCCCUACUCAAGUUUCACUUCCCCGGAAAUCAGCGUGACAAUGGGAACAAACCCGCCGAAGACGAACAUCGAGGCCGUGCACACGCCGGACACGUUGAAGUUCUACUCGCGGCAUGGUAUGCGCUUGAGAUGACCCGAAAGUCAAGCGGGAAUCUAGAGGCAGACGAGGAUUGGCUUCUUGCCAAUAUGCAUAUGCUGAAGCAUGCGACACUUGGCAAUGCGCGUUCGGCCGUGAUCAUGAUCGAUUCACAGCCAUGUGCUACAUGCCUGAAAUUCAUCAAUAGAAUUUUCCAGUAUACGGGCGUACACUUUUCCGUUAGAGGCGCGAUUGGUAUUGGCCCGACCCUUGCAACAAAGGACAAGAGAAGCGGCGCAAGAUGCGAUACCUUCGGCGACACAUUUCCAGAAUCUGAUGGUGAAGAGUCUGCUGUCGUGGAGGACGUGGUUCAGGGUUUAGGUGGCGUUACCGCAGAUACAGCGUGCCAACCAUUCAUGGGGAUGUCAAUGGAGAGACAAGGAUUGUCUCCCAUCCUCAACAACGAUGCUGAUAUUAUUAUUCCUGCUACGAACCCCGCCACCGCCAUGGAGCGAGCUAUGCCUAUCACACCCGCCCGACCGAGGAUGCAAUGGCCUAUACCUGAACACAGAUCACGCUUCUUCGAAGAUCCAUUCUCUGACAUACCGUCUCGCCGACCACCAAAUCAUUUCGAAAUCUUAGCUGAAUAUAAGAAGAAGACGCCGGUAUACGAGUUCCCUGGGUAUGAGGCUAUUAUGACGGACCGUCAUCCGCGCCAGCAGCAACCGCUUGCGAAGCCUUUCAUUCUCCCAUCGGGAAAUCGAAGGCCGUCUUCUGCGGUAGAGGAAGAUGCUGUACUCAUUGAUGUGGUAGAUGAUAGCGAUACUGUUAUGUGUUCAUCCACAAGCAGCGAUAACGAGUCGACUCUUCGACAUUCUGUGGUCAUUGUCGGUGCCGGAAAAAAGGAUAGCGAUAGCAGCACCCUUCGACCUAAUGAAGCGAACUUUUUGUACUCUAGUUUUGAGCCGAUUGCCGCCCGCAAGAAUGGUAGUAUUUCGAAGGGAGAGAAUCAAAGAGAUCUAGGACGCCAUGCUAACGUCCACUCGGAAAGCGACGACGAAGAUGAUUACUACUACGUGCCAAGACAAUUGUCUCAACGAUCUCGUCCUAACGACGAGGAUAGUCUCGUUAAGGAACAGCAAAAAGAGAGAGAGAUAACUCCGUGUCCGGUCUCUGGACUAGCCAAACUUCAGCAGUGGCGUUACCAGCCGCAACAACGAGUCCGCCGUCAACUAUUGCAGCCAUGGCAUCGCGAAGGGCAGACGAUUCAGCAUCAUAUAUACCCUAACAACCCUGUUCCAGAACCGGUUUGUUUUGACUCUGUUCUCACUGAGGAAGUUUAUAGAGAGAAGCGUGAACAGACACAUGGGAGUAAGGGUUAAGACCCCGCUCUAUCGCUUCUGUGAGCGCUUGAUAGAAUCCGAGCAAAACUUGGAGAUGCUUUAACUGGCUUGCUUGUAGCUUAUGAAAUAAUAAUCAUGAGCAAACUACGAAUGGUCUACGAAGGAAAGGUUCUAGUUUUUGAAAGUAAUUCGAUGCAUUCGAAGGGAAAAAGCACGAAGGACGAAGGACGACCGAAAGGA